AUGAAUUCACCGAAUACUCCUUUGGAUACGGUUAUGUUGGAGAGAACAGCAGCAACCUAUUUAAUCAUAUUUAUUGUAAACCAGCUGUUCAUCUCGAACAAUAAUGUAAUAGAACUUGGCUGGUUAGAGAGAGAAUUUUUUUCUACCGACAGAACCAAAUUCGACGGAAUCAUUUUCAAAGUCGGUAACAAAUCGAUUGCUCCGGGACUAGUGGAAUUCUCUGGAGGUAUAAAUGAUAAUACCUCCUCUCGAAAGAACGCAAAAGAUAUAGAAAAGUUGCACACUGAUACGGUGCAAGUUAUGGAAGAUAUUAAAACUGAUAAAAUGUUUUGUAUCAGGUGUUUUGGACAUAACAUUCACUUUGAGAAGCUUGUCCAUUAUGAUGGUGUAAUGUAUAGGACAGUUGAUGUAGUUGUAGAAAUCCCAACUACAUCGAGGAAAUUCACUGCCUAUGUAAAUCAAAUACCAAAUAUACUUGCAUGGAAGGAGGCCCUGAUUAAUCAUGCUCUUGAUUUAAAUUAAAUCUUAAUUCACAAAACCCUUUCCCUCAUUAUUAAUAAUAAUUAAAUAUAUACUUAUCAUUGCU